GGCGUGUGGAUGCGGGGAGUGGGUGUGGGAGGGGGGGGGGUGUGAUCUAGUCGCCGCCGCCGCCGCGGAGAGUCCAAAGAUCUGUGACCUUCCUGAAAAUGAACGAGGUGUCAGCAGAAGAAUUUAAAGACCCAGAAGUAUAUAAAAUAUACUUUAUAUUUCCAAAUGGAGACAAAUAUGAAGGUGACUGUACGAGAACAUCUCCUGGAGUCUUUGAGAGAAAUGGAGCAGGGGUACAUACCACCCCCAAUGGAAUAACCUAUAUAGGGGCCUGGAAAGAUGACAAAAUGAAUGGAAUAGGAAGACUUGAACAUUUUUCAGGAGCAGUAUAUGAAGGAGAGUUCAAGGACAACAUGUACCAUGGAACAGGGACUUACACAUUCCCAAAUGGAGCAAAAUAUACUGGAAGUUUUGUAGAAAACAGGGUGGAAGGUAAGGGAGAAUAUACUGACAUUCGUGGACUGGAAUGGAGUGGUACCUUUCAUUACACAGCUGCGCCUGGGCUGAAACUAAAGCUACAGAUGUAGAAGGUCUCUAAAGUGAAAUAAUAAUGUUCAUGUUGAUGUUAAUCAUAAGCAAUUAUGGCCAAGUGUUUUCAUUAAAAGUUUCAUAUGUUACUUACUGUACUGUGAGUUAUCCAAUAAAAUCAUCCAUCCAUUUCUCUCAUUGCAACUUUAUUUUCAGAAUUUUGGAGAUAGUUUGAUAUAAGUUCUGAGUGGGGUUCCAUCAGUUAGGGAACAGAGGAAUGCAUUGACAUUGAUGAUAUCUGUUACACAUCUUUUUGGUAAAAUCUGUGAUUCUACUUAAGCCAACCUUUCAUGUUAUAUUCCCUUAAGAGAAUAUAAGGGAAUAUUGUACUAUACAAAAUGACAAGAGCAAUUCAGAAAAUGCUGGGAAAAUUUGUAUGAAUUAAUGGAGAGUAGAGAGAAUAGAAAUGAGAACAAUAUAUACAAUGAC